AAAAAAUAGUGGAUAUCUGAAAUAAAUUCAGGACGAAGAACAAGCCCAACAAUCUUCUCCGAUCGAAAAACAAAGCAAAAUGGCUUGCAGAACUGCCUUGCGCUCCGCUCUUCUAAUAGAAGCGUGGCGACCCGUUCACCUCGCUCGGAGCUCCGUUUCCGCUUCGCUCCGAACCCGAAACGGAUUCUCCUCCCCGCAGCUGACCCGCCAAUUCAAGACCCGAGACGUCCACUUGGCCAAACGGACCCAACUCAGUUGCUCCCACAACGAAAACCAACCCGCUCUCUCCGAGGACGAACAAGGCCCGCCUCAGGAGGCCGUUCUCAAAGCUAUUUCAGAGGUGUCUAGAACUGAAGGGAGGGUCGGGCAGACCACGAAUGUGGUUAUUGGAGGCACGGUGGCCGAUGAUUCCACCACUGAAUGGCUCGACUUGGAUCAGAAGGUAAAUUCAUACCCAACUGUUAGAGGGUUCACGGCGAUUGGAACCGGAGGGGAUGAUUUUGUGCAGGCUAUGGUUGUUGCUGUUGAAUCCGUACUUCAACAACCCGUUCCUGAGGGUCGUGUCAAGCAGAAGCUAUCAUCAGGAGGCAAAUAUGUAUCUGUAAACAUUGGUCCUGUUCAAGUCAUUUCUAGCGAACAGGUCCAAGCUGUAUACAAUGCAAUGAGAAGAGAUGACCGGAUGAAAUACUUUUUGUAGAUUGAUACUCCUCUUCAUGGGUAGUUUUGUACAGAGCACCAAUUUUCUAGGGCAUCCCUUGUCUCGUCACUGUUGCCCUCCGACUGGUCUGCUUUGUGCUCUUUUGGAUUUUGGUGUAUUCGUCAGUUAGAGAGCCGAGUACCGGUGGUUCAAAUUCAAUCCAUCUGCUUGCUCAUGAUGUAUUUAAAUUGAAGUUUAAUUCAGAAAGUAGGCAUUAAUGAAUCUGUAUGUAUUAACUAUUUUCCUGCUCCUUUAAUAUAAGUUACUGAGUUUAAUUAAGGGUCA